CCAGCAAGAUUCUUUCGAUUUUCGCGACGUGUUGCGGUCGUAGUGCUAGCAAAUUUUAGUGAAAAUCUAGCGUAAAAAUGCAAGGAGUAGCUAUAUUUAUCGAUGCCGAGAUCGAGGAUCAGGCACAAGAGCUCAGGAAGUUCUUCAAAAAGCUUGGUGCGGAGAUCAGCGAAGAGAAAUCUUCUAAGGGCAUCGAAGAUGAUUUGCACAAAAUCAUCGGUGUUUGCGACGUUUGCUUUAAGGAACCGAGUCCGCACACGGUCGAGGAAAUCGAUGCCGUGCUAAACAGUGUUGUAUCGAUAAUUGUUUCGAUUCCACUGGAGCGCGGCGAAAACCUAAUUUUGGCAUUCUGCGAAAAGAUGACCAAAGCGCCGGAUCAAACCCUGGCGCGGGUAUGCCUUCAAUCUUUGUGGCGACUGUUUAGCAACUUGGAGGCGACCUCCCCGUUGCGAUAUCAUGUUUACUACCAUUUAGUUCAGGUAGCGAAACAGGCUGACCAGGUUAAAGAAGUGUUUUCCGGUGUAGAACAGCUUAAAACACAAUUUACUCAGUGCCCACCGUCGAACGAGCAGAUGCAGAAGCUUUAUCGGCUGUUACAUGAUGUCCUCAAGGACAGUAACAGUGAGUUGGCUGCUAAGGUAAUGAUCGAAUUGCUGGGAACCUAUACCGCCGAAAAUGCUUCCUAUGCGCGUGAAGACGCAAUGAAAUGCAUCGUAACGGCUUUGGCUGAUCCUAACACUUUUCUGUUGGAUCCUUUGCUCUCGUUGAAACCGGUUCGGUUCUUAGAGGGAGAGUUGAUUCAUGAUCUGCUCUCCGUGUUUGUGUCGGAAAAACUGCCGAGCUAUUUGCAGUUUUACCAAAACCAUAAGGAGUUUGUGAAUUCUCAAGGUUUGAACCACGAGCAAAACAUUAAGAAAAUGCGCCUGCUGUCGUUCAUGCAGCUGGCUGAGAGCAAUCCGGAAAUGACGUUCCAGCAACUGCAGGAAGAGCUGCAGAUUGGUGAAAACGAGGUGGAACCGUUCAUAAUCGAGGUUCUCAAGACGAAACUGGUCCGGGCGCGUAUGGACCAAAAGGCACGCAAGGUGCACAUAUCGAGCACAAUGCACCGAACCUUCGGGCGGCCCCAGUGGCAGCAGCUGCGUGAUUUGUUGCACGCGUGGAAAGCCAAUCUUACCCUUGUUCAGGAAAACAUGAAAUCCGUUGCCGAAGCGCAGGUUGAACUCGCCCACAAACAGUAAAUCGGUUUCUGGUGCUAAUCGGAAAUAGUGAGAUAAGUAUUGAUAGAAAAACAAACAGACAAUUAUCUACCGGAAAGUGUGACUAAAGUUGAUUAGUGAUCAUCUUCGCUUCCCUUCCGCCCAAGUCCUCUGCUGAAAGCGGGCGGAAUAUCUAAGUGCGUGAGUGACUAAAAAAAACAGACAAAAAGGACCUAGCAAAGGAAAGCAGUGUAAGAAAGCGCCAUCUUUCCAAGGCCUGGGGGUUCGGCCAGAGGUUGGUUGUGCGCUGUUCUUAGUGGGAGGGUUGUUUCGUUCAUUACACAAAACUAGAUCGUUAGUAUAUAGUUGAUAACCGAUAAGCUUGUAUUGAUUGAAAAUUUCAUAAUUAAUAUAUACAUUUUUUUUAGAUAUGAACGAA